AACGGGGUACUUGGUAUAAUUUGUGUAAAGCGUGUGGCAAGAGUUCAGUAAAGCGGUAUAGUCUGUGUGUAGGCGUGUAUUGCGACAUCGAAUCCGGGUUGAGUUUAUAUGUUUAUGUUACAACGACGAUACAACACUGCAAGUGGGUUCUACUCAGCAGACAGUCGCUGUUGACCGGUUUACCUCCAUACUAUACAGUUACACGCACUGGACAGUUACACGCACUGGAACAUUUGAUUUAACAGAAUAGGCGUACUAGGUUCCUUGAUUAUCAUCGGAGCAAUGGCAGAGUUUACGACAUACUGGAACCCCGCUCAGUUGGCGCUGGUGUGUUUUUAUGUGUUCGGAUACUACAAUCUGGCCGUUGCACCAUAUAUCAUCUACAGACAUGCAUCUGUCAUGUUCUGGGUUGCCUUCGCCUUGUUUCUGUGGUUCGUGCUGAUCCCUGUUAUGAUGUUACUGAUGACCAUGGGCGCCAAGACUGGACGUGGGAUUGUGGGAAUGAUUUCUAAGGGGUUUCCUUUGAUGAAAGGGGCUGGAAUAGCGCUUCUUGUUCUGCAAGCUAUUCAGAACUUAAUAAUGUCCUUGUUAAGUGGACACGCCCUGUUCUUCAUGUUUGACUCCUUGUCGUCUCCUUACCCGUGGUCAACGUGUGACAACCCUUGGAAUACGGAAUGUUGUGGACAGCCAACUCCGCAACCCAACAGGGACUUCAGUUCUGUAGAUAGUUUCAACUUCACUACCGUGCACUGUAGUCCAGGCCAAGAAUCAAGCAUGUAUUUCAGUCAUCGUAUAUUGCAAAGCAAUAGUGAUGGGGGUGUGCCAUGGACGACGGCGUUACCGACACUAGGUGUCUGGGUGUGCGUUUUCUUGGGAAGCAUGGGCGGAGCGGGAGUUUUUGGUGUGAUAAUGUAUGUGGUGGCUCCCUUGUAUGCGUUAUUCUACUUCAUUGUGCUGAUCUAUGGUCGUACGGUGGCCGUCCCCGAGGAGGUCACAUCCACAGCUAUGGAAUACUUUUACGUGCUAAGACCAGAGGUGCGAAUGGACGUGGAGGAGGCUCUGCGUGUUUUUACGUAUUUGAUUUAUUCUCUUGGCCUCUUCUCCGGGAUUUUACCCACGCUGGGGAAAUAUACAGGUAGAAGAUGUCGCCAGUAUAAAUGGCUUUAUUAUUGUUUCUGGAUUUUCCCGUUUAUUUUCGUGUUGGUUGCCCCCCAUAUAUCCGUGGGACUGGUUGCACCAUACGUUGGAGGUCUAGCGUACAAGAAGCAAGUGUCGUUAGAUGAAGUCAUGGUUUCAGGAACAGUGCUCCUGUUUCAAGCUUUGCCAGAUGCUGUUGCCGAGUUAGAUGUGCCAAAUGGUAUUGCAUUUUUACUGUUUGCAACUAUAUUUUUAGCCAGUAUCAUUCCUUUGACUUUGACAACCGUCGUUAUACUUGACAAUAUUCAAGAAGGGCUGGGACAGAGGAUGGAGAACCGGCCAUGGCUGUGGCGACUGGGUUCUUCCUUUGUUUUCUGCACCGUCAGCUUUCUGUUUUCACUGAUAUUUUGCUCCAGGGGGGGUUACAGCGGCCUCUUUGAAGUACUUGACGUUGCAGUUGUUCAUCUGUUCUUUCUGUUCACGUUGACAUGUGGCAUUGCAGUGGCCAUCUCCUUUUUUCGCCUGAAGUAUCACUUGGUCAUAAAGAUAUGUCUUGGUAUCUGGUUUCUUCUUGCUAUUUUAAUUACGACAUGUUUUCAGAUUAUCUACAUGAUAACCAAUGUAAGUUUUUUGGAAUUUCUGGACGAAAAAUUUGGGAACUAUGCCUCGGCGGUUUCAUGGGCUCUUGGUAUCAUAGUCUGGUUGAUAUGCAUGUAUGCGGGGGCUUUCCAUACAAUCUGCACAUCUGGAAGCUUCAGUCUUUCCAAGAUCUGCUGCCCAGCUGUUCAGGAUGCAUAUGAUGUGGAGUCUCCUCACGUAGAAAUGGCACCUUUAACGCCAGAACCAGAUGAAACCCCGGAUAAAACUGGAGUGUAAAUAGAAGCUGACGAGCCGUGAGGGAAAUAUGACGUCAAAGUAUCAAGGGACAUGUGACGUCACUAAAAGGUGACAUUUGUUGAUGACGUAUCACAAUCAUUUGUGGGGUCAUAAGUACAUGUAUCUAGUUUAUAUGAAUAACCCUAGGAAUUAAUUACGUAAAUCAACAUCUCAUUAUCAUGUAGUUUAUACUUACGUUUUUUAUUUUAAUAUUAUCUUAAAAGAGAGGAUAUCAGAACAGGUUUUUUAUUUUAAUAUUAUCUUAAAAGAGAGGAUAUCAUAUAGAUAAUACCAGUUUUUUUUAAUUUUAUUUUAUUAUUUAGCGUAAGUAUACAAAUUAAUCUUUAUUGCCAAGUGUGGCCAAUCUACGAACGCUCUUUGGUCGUCUUAGAGGUUGUUCUUUACUAUUUGUUUACGCUCAACUAUCAGAUUUAAAUUACGAUGACUUUGAUAGAAAGUCAAAUAAACCAAUAUUAACCAAUACCUAGAAAGAAUGAAACACGGCUAAUAAUAUAGCUGUUUGAUUCAGUACAUAAAGUCACGUACAUGUUAACGGUAUGGGCAUUGGCUUGACUUUGAACACGCAAUUUUUUUCUCUCCUUUUCUACAAGAGCUCGAACUUUCGCACAAAAAAUCCCGAAUGCAAUUAACAAUCAUGAAUGUUAAUCUUUUAUUUAUGUUCAGAACAGAAGGCGAGCUUGACUAUGUGGGCGUGCACUAAAAAGGCAGAAUACUGUUAUACAUCUUUUAUAUCAAUAGGAUAUAUUUUAUACUUAGAUUUUAACACAAGUGGAAUGUGUUAUGGAAAUUCUUGUAGUAAUUUUUUCUCAUUUUAUUGGACCUUUCUUCUUUUUCAUAACGCAUCCACGUUAUGUUUUGCCAAAACAUAAUCAUUUUGUUAUGAUACUUAAAGUAAAUGUAGUUAAGAACAACACAUCAACAGUAUGUCUAUAAUGUACACUACAAUUGUUUGGCUUUACACUUACUAGCUUUUGCGUCUUGCGUGCUAGAUUUUUUGCAGAACUUAAAUGUAGGUCUACAAAGUGAUGUACAUUCAAAUUAAUAAGUGCUUUUAAAACCAAGACGUAGGCCUAUACAUCGUUUUUUAAUGAUCUGAUACCAAACAAUGUUAACAAAGGAGAAUGUAAUCGAUACUGUUUGUAAAAGGACUUGGAUUUUGCAUCUAGAUUAACUUUUAGAUUUUUAGAAUUUAUAUGUAGGCCUAGAUAUGAAUAAAUUUUAGCAUUGAA